GGACGGGGGAGAGGGAACAGGGUCGCCCAACUCCACAGAGAUAUCAGGCACCGAAUAUAAACUCAAGGGCGUUGCUAUUGCCCUCGCCGCAAACCUUGAAGCUUCUGCCCUGGUCUCGCAACGCCCGGUCAUUGCCCUUCGUUCCUUCGUUACUCAUUCCCUCUCCAUCGCCCACGCCUUUGGAUCGUCUGCCUACCAUGGCUCUCCAAGCAGACACCAAGGACAAGACUCCCGCAUCCGACACGCACGUCCCCGAGCUCCUGCAGCGCUCCUCUACCUCGUCGCCUGUCAAUGGCGGCAAGACCAACUAUGGCGAGUCUACUGAUGCCAAGCCAGGACAGUCGGAUGUGGCGUAUGAUGGGGAUGUGGUGAAGCACGAGGCGGUCAAGCAGGGUUUGUCCUCGAGGCAUCUGCAACUCAUGUCCCUCGCUGGGUCCAUUGGUACUGGUCUUUUCUUGUCCACUGGCUACGCACUGGGUGAUGCCGGACCAGUGGGAAUGCUCCUUGCCUACCUCCUCAUGAGCACAAUCGUAGUCGCCGUCGUCUUUUCCAUGGCCGAGCUCUCCGCCCUGGCCCCAACUUCGGGAAGCUACGUCCGACACACGGGAAUGUGGAUCGACCCGUCUGUUGGCUUCUGCGUAGGCUGGAACCUCGUAUUCGGCUCGGCCUUUUCUGCCCCUUCCACCUUGACGUCGAUUGCAGUGCUGUGCCAAUAUUGGAAGCCGGACUUGAACGCUGCCAUUCCUAUUACAGUCUUCCUCCUGGCGACGCUGGCCGCCAAUGUGUUCAAGGUCAGGGUGUACGGAGAAAUCGAAUACUGGUUCGCCAUCCUCAAGAUUCUUACAAUCGUUGGACUGAUCAUCUUUGGCUUCUGCAUCGACCUGGGUGGCAGCCCCAGCGGCGACCUCAUCGGCUUCCGCUACUGGAAGGACCCCGGGCCCUUCGUCUCCUACCUCGUAGAUGGGCCCACUGGCGUCUUUAUUGGAUUCUGGAGCGUGAUGACUUCGGCAGCUUACAGCUUCUCCGGACUGGAGAGUACAGCCAUCGCAGCGGCAGAGGUGAAGAAUCCACGUACGGCCGUGCCAGAGGCUUCUAGACGCGUAUUCUUCCGCGUCGGAGUGAUCUACAUGGCUUCACUCUUCGUCAUCUCUCUCAUAGUGCCUUCCAACGACGAGAAUCUUUUCGCAAGCUACGGUACAGCUGCUACGUCUCCUUUUGUCGUAGCCGCGUCUCGCGCCGGCGUCAAAGGCGUCGCCUCUCUCGUGAAUGCUCUGAUCCUGCUCUCAGCUUGGAGCUCGAACAAUACCUCGCUGUUUAACGGAGCUCGUGCACUGCUUGGUCUCGCUCUAGACGGCAAAGCACCGAAGCUUUUCGCAAAGACGCACGCCUGGGGCAUCCCGUACAAUGGCAUCGCAGCAAUCGCUAUCUUUAUGCCUCUGGCCUACACUGCACUCAGCAGCUCCGCCACGACUGUCUUCUACUACUUUGUCUCCAUCGUCAGUGCUUCCGUCCUCACAGACUGGUUCCUCAUCUGCGUGGCCGCCAUCCGGUUGCACUCGGCCCUCAAGGCACAGAACAUCUCGCCUACGCGUCUGCCAUUCGUGCCGUGGGGUCAGCCCUACUUGAGCUGGUACGGCGCAAUCGGCUCAUUCGUCGUCCUCCUCACCUCUGGCUUCACCCUCUUCAUCGGUGAGGGCCUGCCGAAUAUGACGGCCACUGGCUUCCUUACGAGCUAUGCCGCUCCCAUCCUCUCCUUCCUGGCCUUUGCAGGGCACAAGAUCGUCAAAAAGACGAGUUGGCCCAAGGCCGCGGACCUACCCGUAGAGCCUUGGCUACAGCACUGGGCUGAUAACCCGGAGCCACCAAAGGAGAAGAAGACGGCCUGGCAGACGGUCAAGGCCAUCUUCUGGACCUGAGGGACACCUUGCUCUCCCUGAUCCUGUUCUUGAUGUCACGCUGCCUCUUGGCUUUGCUUCUGUACUGUGUCAGC